AUGUCUGUUUUACAACUGGAAGAGAACAAGAAAUCUCUGAAGAAAAGGUAAACAAAUCAAACUAACUUCAACAAUGGUAGAGUAUUAAACACUUGAAUGAAUGAUGACUUCACUUGGUGUGUAGAACUAGUAUGGUGUGUUGGGUUUAUAAUCCAAGUGAGUACAUUCGCAAUUUAAGACCUGACCAGGAACAAUUGCAGAAAAUGCAACACUAGGUUCUCUGGUAUUAAAAAAUCGAAUCCAUAGCCUUGUGAUUCCAGAAAAAUUGAUAUUGUUUGUUUACAUUUAUAUUCACUGUUUCUAGCAUGGUAUGGUCAAAGGCAAAAGAUCUAAUCCUACUGAAAGAAAUUGCAGCAGAAGGUGUUAUGUCAAAUAAACCCCGGUCCAGAGAGCGUGGUAUGCAGUGGCAAAGAAUUGCCGAUAACAUCACUGCACUAGGGCAAGGAGUCACAUCACGGGCAGUCAGAGAUCACUACAAUGUGAUGGCAAAAAAGUAUAGGGCAAGAAUGGCACAAGAAGAAAGAUCAACGGGUGAAGGUGGUGCUGAACUGACAGAGGCUGAAAGUUUGUUGGAGGAAUUGAUCCAUAUUGAAAGGGAGAUGGAAAGACAGGUUGAAAAUGAAAAUGAAGAAAACCAACAAAGGACAACCUCGUUCCCAGGGCUUUUCCCUUUUUGUCAUUGGGAAGGCGGGAAAAGGCCCUGGCACCGGCCGGUCACAUGACUUUCAACACCCAGAUAUAG